AUGCCUCGCUCAUUCCUGGUGGAUUCCCUCAUACUAAGGGAGUCCAAUGACAAGAAGGACGAUACCAGCCCACCCAUCUUCCCCUAUGCAAUGCACCCCUCUCACCCCCUGCAUGGGCUACCUGCCUCCUGUCACUCCAGAAAAGGGGGUCUCCUGUGUGUGUGCCCCAUGUGUGUUACCUCCCAGCUGCAUCCAGGACCCCCAGGGAUACCACUCCUCAAGGCCUCCUUCUCCUCCUUCAGCUCCCAGUAUUGUCCCCCAGGCCUGGGCAGACAGCACUCAGCAACCUCUGGGAUCAACCUGAGCCAUGCUCCAACCAUCUACCAGGCCACCUACCCCAUGGCAGACCCCAGGCAGUUCCACUGCAUCUCUGUCGGUGAGUAUCUCUCAGUAAAUUCCAAUCACAAACAUGUUCAAACUAAUGACAACUAGCAGCCACGCUGCGGAGAUUAAAGGGUUAUAAUAAUGUUUAAUUCUGAAUAAAUCUAAUUCCCAUUUACUUAGCUCUAACAGAAAAAUAACGUCUCUUCCUCAUUGGAAUAAACAUAUGGGCGCACACAGUCAGUUCAAUAUUUUCCUCUUAAUAUAAACACUUGGAAUUAUUUUUUUUUUGUAAAAUAGACCAGAGAUUAAUUUGCUAUUAGAACAGAAUCUCGAAUAUUUAGUAAACAAUUAACCCUUAAUUAGAAGGUAUAGCACAGCUUUCUAGACGUUUUGAGCAUGUUACACUUUACAAUGAAGUUAUAAUUUAUUAAUCCUUUAAUAUAACCCUGUAUUGCAUUUUAUGAGAUUAAAAUGAGAUAAAUCGUAUUCCAGUAGUAUAUCUCUGUAUAGUUCUGGAUAAAUAAUCCAAGUGUGCGGUAAUUAUUAUUAUUGAAACCAAUGUAAUGUGUCUCUUCUUUGCUCCACGUGUAACAAUUCUCUCCAGUCCAUUCCAGCUUCCAUAUCCCUGCCUGCCAUUGUAGCACAAUCUUAGUACAAAACGUAUAAAUAAAUACUUAUAACACCAGUCAAAUGAAUUAAUCCAAGUUGGACAUUUUGUCCCAGUUUACCUUAUAAAUAUGGACUGUGUUGAGAAAGGUACGAAUGGUCUACUUCUGGAGCUAAAUGUUGCAAUCUCGCUUUUGAUACAUAUGACGCAAUCUGUGUAGCGGUAUUAAUCUAACCUCUAUGUUCCAUCUUUCCUUGCAGACACAUCAAGCAGUCAGUUGCCCAGCAGUAAAAGGAUGCGCACAGCCUUCACCAGUACCCAGCUCCUGGAGCUGGAGAGGGAAUUUGCCUCCAAUAUGUACUUGUCCAGACUGAGGCGCAUAGAGAUUGCCACUUACCUCAACCUCUCUGAAAAGCAGGUCAAAAUCUGGUUCCAGAACAGAAGGGUUAAGCACAAGAAAGAAGGGAAGAGCAGCUCCCACAGAGGGAGUCCCCACAACUGCAAAUGUUCAUCAUUGUCUACAAAGUGUUUGGAAGAAGAAGAUGACUUACCUAUGUCACCCUCUCCAUCCUUAUCAGAAAAAGAAGACAGAGACCUGUCACCAAGUCCUUAA